AUGUCGACGUGCCCGUAUUGCAGAGCCGAUCUCCUACAGCAGAGGCGUACGACGGCCACUACCGCUGCCGCUGCCGCCGCUGCUGCUGCUGCUGCUGCGACGGAGCGUAUUAAUGCAGCUGUUGCCCCUCCCAUGCAUGAGGUACGUGAAAACAUGGAGUAUCCCCCUAACGUGCGAGAGGCGUGGCAUCUGCAACACGAGGAAGAGGCGCGGCAAGCAUACGCACAGUACCGCGAGGAACUACGUCGCGCCGAACAGCGGCGUUUAGAGCGCAACUCCCCUACUGACAGGGAACAGCCGCAGACGCAGCUGCAGCAAAAACAGCUGUUGCAAAGUGUACAGCAGGCUAUUCAUCAGUCUUUACUUGAGUCUCGAAGGGUUCCUUCCGCGACUGAGGCACCCACUGUUGCUGUUGCCGCUGGUACUUUUGCAGCCGCCCCAGACAGAGGUGAAGGAAUGCGAUGGAAUUCAGAAUCCCCCGCUGGCGCAGCUCCUGGGUCUGAACGUGCGGGAGCCAACGAACUACGUCGUCUGCAGGCUUAUAGGGAGUAUGAAGAAGCUGUUAGGGCCGCUACAGAGACGCUGCAGCGGCGGUUGGGAGAAAUCGACUCUGUUUUGUAG